AGUUGUUACGCGAUUGUCUCAAGUUGUCUCCUAACUAACCCGCAUCCCAAAAAAUGUCUUCUUAAUUCAGUUUUGUGGUUGUAAUAGCAAUGGCUGUCGUGGCUUUAACAGGGACUUUGGGUUCUUGUUCAAUUAUUCGUUCGGCCUCUGCUGGUGAUUAUUACGACAUACACCAGCAGCAGCUCGUCCUUUCACCCGAGAUCCGUGCCAAGGUCAUUCAGCCCUUUGCUCCGCUACACAAUGAGCUCACAGAGGAAAACCUUGCAAAAGAAAUAACAACCGAAGCCUCAACAUAUGCACCGACGGAAGCCCCGACCGACGCCCCAACCGACGCUCCAACCGAUGCCCCAACCGACGCCCCAACCGACGCCCCCACGGACGCCCCAACAGAUGAACCAACUAACACUACGGCUGAUCCAACGACGGACACCACAACCGAAACCUCAACCGACACCUCAACCGACGCCACAACAACAACAGCAUCCACAACAACAACAACAACAGUAUCCACAACCGGAACACCCGUAACAGCAGCUUCAACAACAACCGUCCCAACCACAACAACAACUUCAGUAACAACGGCGCAAUCCAGCAGCAGCACAGUCACUAUCAGCUCUACUUCCGCUAGGCCAACUACAUCCGCACCAUCUUCCGGCAGUCAAACCUUUUCCUUUCUGUCCCUGUCGCUCGUUUCAAUCAGUUUCCUGUUGAGUUGUGUAAUACAGAGCAAUUAAAACGCAGCACUCAACUAAAAGAAAAAUAAUCAGCCAGCAAUAAUUGAAAUCAGCCAUCGCACAUAUGCAUAUCCACUCGCUUUAAUUCCAGCCAAACGAACUAAACAAUGUAUAAAUAAUGAUAUAACUGUCGACGACAAAUAAUACGCUCACGACUGGAUAAAUAUACCGCAUAAUAAUGGCCAAACUGAUUCAUUCUUUGUCUACAAUUUUCGUCUGAAUCAAAUAUACCGCGUCAAAAAUU